AUGGAAAUGCACUCUUACUGGAAGCUGACUGGUCUAGUGGAAGAGGAGGACGGACUGUUUGCCUCCUACUGUCCCGAGCUGGGAACAGCCAGUUGCGGCGACACUCCCGGAGAGGCCCUGGCAAACCUGAGAGAAGCUGUCAGCCUUCACUUGGAGGGACUCGCAGACGUUGGCGAACUCGAGCGUACACUAACCGAGCGUAAUAUCCGAACCAGACUUUCAGAAUAG